UCACAAACUCGACGAGAACUGCACUUUCGGGUCGUUUCUAGCCAAUUCGACUUCAAGUUUCCGCCCACAGACUCGGUUGAAGCAUCGCCAAAACACUGAACUCAGUUGAGGCAUCCAACGCCGCCCACGGCCAAAUUGCUACAGAACACGUCGAUGUCAAUCCGGACGUUUCUGGUAUUGUGCUCUGAGUGUUAAUAUGUGUCCCCGGUGCUAUCGCGAACAUUCGCGCCACCACGUGACAUCACGUCUCACUUCCAGUAACAUCGAGAAAACGACAGAUGUACGAUGAUGGACUAGAAGUUGUAACUGAUGAAAGUAUAUUCGAUGGCACCGCCGCCUAUCGGCACGAGGAUAUAAACACCGAGACCUACCUUCCAACGCUCACCCGACAACGUCACAAUGCAAGCAUCUCGAAGUCUGAUCUCGCGAACCAUCAUUCCAACACUUCGACUCAGGCAAUCAUCUCUCGCCUUUCGAAGAGUCAUCAUUCCUACCCAACGCCGCAACAUGUCACUGUUCCAUCCUUUCUCGCACCACUCCCACACCGGCGCCCCCAGCCCCCCCAGCGCCCCCGGAUUCUCGUCCCUCUUCCGCAUGCUGGACGAGUUUGACCGGUACACCAACCAGCAGCUGGGCAGCGCCCUGGGAAGCACCACGGGCGUCACGGCAUUCUCGCCCAAGUUUGACGUGGCCGAGCACGACAACGAAUACUUGCUGCAGGGCGAGUUGCCCGGCGUUGCGCCCGAGAACGUCGAAAUCGAGUUCACCGACGAGCAGACCCUCGUGGUGCGCGGCCACUCGGAGCGCAAGCAUACCGAGGGCGACCCGGCCCUGCUCGAAGCACCUCGCGAGGCUAAGCGGAUCGAGGGCGCCGAAGGCAGCAGCAGCAGCACCAGCAACGGCAACCAGGAGUUUCAACAACAGUCUCAGCCUGCUGCGAGCGAGGAGGGCACCAAGUCAAAGCCCCGGUACUGGCUGAGUGAGAGGUCUUACGGCGAGUUCUCGCGCGUCUUCACUUUCCCGGCGACCGUCGACCAGGACAAUGUCCGGGCCAAGUUCAAGGACGGCAUCCUCGAAAUUACCGUUCCUAAAGCGGUGAAGAAGACUGGCAAGAGGAUCACCAUUCAGUAAAGGGUUGGCAAUCUUGUAAGUAGACGCAUGGGAGUAACUGGGACUGUAAAUUGUAUGACUUCUAGGAUAGUGCGUAAUCGUAAUUGAAGGCUGGUUGAAGUUGUACUGCUG